UUCCUCCCUUCCAUACCUCGGACGCACAAUGUCAUAUCCCGAGUUCCACGAACGCCACAAGGCCUUUGCAUUCCACGACACUGACGGCUCCCCAGUAUAUGAGGAUGGGUGGGGAGGGCUCUGCGGCCGCAUCGUGGCGCGAAACGACCUCGCGGCUCUCCGACUCUAUCACGCAUCGCCCAACACGCGGGUAUUCUGGGAAGGAUACGAAGCCCCCUACUGGCAUCCCUUCUUUGUGGCGGCCGGUUCCGGCAGCUGGGAGGCUCUUCGCGCCCUUAUCGAGAUCUACUUGACAGAUCCAACGUAUAAGAACCCCGAGCAGCCGCCGCUGGACCAAUACCUGACGCAACUGGACUUCUCGCCCAUCAACGAGGCGUGUGCUGCCGCGAAUCGAGAGAUGGUGCUCUGGCUCCUGCAGCACGAUCCACCGUUGGCGACGCUGCAGGAUCGGGAUGCCCGCGGCCACACGCCGCUGUUCAGCGCGGCGAGCGGGCUUAGGCGAGGGGUGGGCUUUGCCGAGCAUGAGGAGUUCAUUCACUGUCUUUUGAACCAGGGGUGUCUGGUUUCGGAGUCAGAUGUUGUGAACGUUGUGCGGGAAGACGACGAGGAGGAGGAUGAUGAUGAUGAUGAAGAGGAGAACAAAGGGAGACAAGAUGAUGAUGGUAAUGCGAGUGGGCCAUCACAGCCGGUCAGAGAGCUGGAAAAGACACUUCUCGGCGCCGCAGUGCCGUAUGGUAGCUAUCAUUUGACAUCGCGGCUGAUCGCGGAAGGCGCCGAGGUGCAUGUCCGGCAGAGCUGGUGUGAUCCGACCUUGUGGAUGACUGAUGAGGGUGUCAUUGGACCCAGCAAAGAAGUCACCGCCUUGCAUAUCGCCAGCGUGUACAGAAACCUCGAGGGCAUUCGUGCGCUAGUGGACCAUCGCGGCGAGGGGGUGAGUGUGGCGGAGAUGAUCUCCCGCCGGGAUGAUCAGGGCCGGAUUCCCCUUCACUGGGCUUUACUAGGCACGCCGGACGACAAGCCUCGAAAAGAGAACAAGGAUGAUGACACAGAAGAUGAUAUGGCUCAGGAAGAGACAAUACCCUCUGAACGAUUAGUGAAGACCGUCAAAUACCUUCUAGCAGCGAACCCUGAGACAAUCAACGCCCGAGACCGGCUGGGGGCCACGGUGUUCCAUUACGCGGUGAGAUCACGCCACAUGGGACCCUCAAGCGUUCUGGCGGUGGUGGAGAUGUUGCUGGAUGCUGGACCACUAGCGUCGACUUGGAAGGCCGUCCGCAACGACGAACGCGAGAGAGACACUUUCGAGCCUACAAUUCUACAAGAUGCAGUAAAUGGCCAUGGUGUGCGACGGGGGAAAGUCAACGAUACACGGUUCAUCCAGUUGGUCGAGACCUUGCUGGCCCACGGGGCCGAUGCUCGGUUGUGUCUGCACCGGCUGUGUGCUGAACGUUGGAUUGAGCACAUUCCCCGGGCAAUGCUCGAGCGUCUACUGCAGGCCUCGCUAGACAUCGAUGAGACAGAUGCUGAUGGCUGUACGGCGAUGCACUAUCUCGUCAGGAACAUGGAUCAGGUUGAGGCGGCUAGGUAUUUGAUCAGCCGCGGAGCGGACGUGGACGUAGUCGACGACCAGGGAAAUACACCCCUCCAUCAGGUGAUGAAGGGGACACUAAUUCGAAAGCUCGACGAGCAUGGACGGCCUGACCCCUCGCAGCCCAAGGAUGCUCCGGUCCGAGCACGAAAGCAAUGGAUCGAAAUGCUGGUGGAGGCAGGAGGCUCGAUGGAUCGACCCAAUGCUUUUGGAAAGACUCCUAAAAGGCUGCUGGAGGAGCUCACAGAGAGGUUGGAGCAAAUGCGGAUGGCCGAGGCCACCCAAAUUGGUCGAGGACGUGGACGCGGAGUAAGAGAAGGGGACAACAGAUGAAUGAACUGGAAUCUGUGGAUAGACAAAAAAGUAUAUUUAGGCGAGGGCCUGGGCUAGUGAGCCCAGACCGACAGGGAUAUAGCUCAGUAAC